AUGAGAGCUAAGGGAGAAGCAGCAAUGCGUGACCUUAUUGUUGAACUGCAGAACGCACGGUCUCCUUAUACUGUCAAGCGCUUCAUCAGCAGUGGCAGCUAUGGCGCCGUAUGUGCUGGUACUGAUAGCGAAGGCCGACCAGUGGCCAUCAAGCGCGUUUUUGACACCGUGUCGGAGGGCCAUAACGUGAACAUUUUGUCCGACUCGUUUCUAUGCAAGCGUGUACUUCGAGAGAUUCGGCUGUUGAACCACUUCCACCACCCGAAUAUCCUUGGCCUACGGGAUAUUUUCGUAGAUCUAAAAGGUGCAGGCCAACAUAAGCUGUAUCUCGUAACGGAACUAAUGCACAGCGACCUGGCCCAGGUUAUCCACGACCCACGAAUUCAAAUCUCCCCUCAACACAUCCAAUUCUUCAUGUACCACAUUCUCUUAGGUCUGCAUGUUCUCCACGAAGCCGGCGUAGUUCACCGUGACUUGCAUCCUGGCAACAUUCUCCUAUCAGAAAACAAUGACAUCACUAUUUGUGACUUUAACCUCGCUCGGGAGGAUACUGCAGAUACCAACAAAACCCACUACGUUACACACCGCUGGUACCGCGCACCGGAGCUCGUCAUGCAAUUUAAGGGUUUCACAAAAUUAGUAGACCUGUGGUCGGCUGGCUGUGUUAUGGCGGAGCUCUUCAAUCGCAAAGCACUUUUUCGCGGCUCCACGUUUUACAACCAGCUCAAUAAGAUCGUGGAGGUGGUUGGUACACCAAACAUGGACGAAGUGGUGUCUUUUUCUUCACUGUCAGCACGAGAGUAUUUGCACAAUUCUCUCUCACACCUACGCCCACGCCCCUGGCACGAGGUAGUCCCGACGGCCGACCCCAUAGCCCUUGAUCUAAUAAGUAAAAUGCUGGAAUUCAAUCCGAAAAAACGUAUUAGUGCGGAACAGGCGCUGCAGCACCCGUACUUUGCUCCUCUCUUCGAUCCACUCGACCUCCGCGAAGGUCUCAGUCCACACUUUCACUUCGAUGAAAGCAUUGAAGAUGUGAAUGAGAUGCACGCUAUAUUCCUAGCGGAGCUCGAGCGUUUUAAGGCGCUUCGGGGGAAACGGAAUCUGGCGGCACGCGAGCGCGCGUCAGGGCAGGCCGAAAACGCCAUCAGCGCCGACCACGUGCCGCGCACACAUAGCUUAAUGGAAGUCAUGGGGAAUGUGCCCCGAUAA